AUGGCAUAUAUACAGUUGGAACCCAUCAAUGAGGGUCUCCUUUCCAGACUGUCCAACCUCCUCCUGUGUCGCUGGACGUGCCAGUCUUGUUGGCAGUCCUGCUGGGAGUGCAGCUGCUGUCAGCCCAAUGAGGAGGAGGUGGAGAUCCUGGGACCUUUCCCUGCCCAGACCCCUUCCUGGUUGGUCAAUGAUUGCAAAGAUGAAAAAGAGACAAAUUCUGAAGCAAUAGCUUUUGAUGCUUCUGCCACACCUCAGAAGAGCUCCCCCAAAAGGCAGUCCUCCAACUGGGAAAUGUCUCGCUCCACUUACAGCUUGGCCCGCCAGCUCUCCAGCAUGGAGUCUCAGAGACCCAGCUCUCCUCUGGUGGACAUCAAGCCCAUUGAGUUCUGGGCCAUGGGUUCAAGGAAGGAGGCGGUGCAACCUGCCAUCCUGCGGAAACCGUACGACAAGUCGGAAGACUACUUCCGCAAGCUGGAGCCCCAGCUGUACUCGGCGGAUUCCAGCGGCGAUGAUGUGGACUCCUUGACGGAUGACGAGAUUGUGCUGCGCUACCAGCUGGGCAUGCUGCACUUCAGCAUUCAGUACGACCUUGUGCACAACCACUUGAGUGUGAGAGUAAUCGAGGCACGUGACCUACCACCUCCCGUUUCCUGUGACGUUUCCCGCCAAGACAUGGCCCACUCCAAUCCUUAUGUCAAGAUAAGCCUGCUGCCUGACAACAAAAACUCCCGGCAAACUGGUGUCAAGAGGAAGACUCAGAACCCCGUCUUUGAGGAGCGUUUCAGUUUUAAGCUGCCCUUCUUGGAAGCACAGCGCCGCACGCUGCUGCUUUCGGUCAUUGAUUUUGACAAGUUUUCCCGACACUGUGUCAUCGGGAAGGUAACUAUGCCUCUGGGUGAUGUCGACCUGGUCAAGGGUGGCCACUGGUGGAAAGCGCUAGUGCCAAGUUCUCAGAAUGAGGUGGAGCUUGGUGAGCUGCUCCUAUCCCUCACCUACCUGCCCAGUGCUGGGAGACUCAACGUCGACAUCAUCCGAGCCAAGCAACUGCUGCAGACUGACAUGUGCCAAGGCUCAGAUCCUUUUGUCAAGAUCCAACUAGUGACAGGGCUGAAGCUGGUGAAGACCAAGAAGACCUCCUGCAUGAAGGGAACCAUUGACCCUUUUUACAAUGAGUCAUUCAGCUUCAAGGUCCCUCAAGAAGAGCUCAGUGAAGUCAGCCUGGUGUUUUCAGUCUAUGGACACAACAUGAAGAGCAGCAACGACUUCGUGGGCCGUAUCGUGAUCGGACGGUUUUCCACAGGACCCCCUGAGGCCAACCACUGGCUGCGGUUGCUGGGGUCGCAGCGCACCCCUGUGGAGCAGUGGCACACCCUGAGGUCACGGGCUGAGUGCGACCGAGUGUCCCUCGCUUCGCUCGAAGUCACAUGA